UUUUUUUUAGACGGCUGCAUUUGGAAAAGUCAAGUCGAAUCCAAUCCCAGCACUCCUCCAACUACUGUAAAUAACUAACAACAGAAAACUAUCAAAGAUGAACAGCUCUGGAUUUAUGUUCAACAUUGACAACGGCUACUUGGAGGGCCUCUGCCGUGGAUUCAAGUGUGGCAUCCUAAAGCAGGCGGAUUACCUCAAUUUGGUGCAGUGCGAGACCUUGGAGGAUUUGAAGCUGCAUUUACAAGGAACGGACUAUGGCAGCUUUUUGGCUAAUGAGCCGUCUCCUCUAUCGGUCUCCCUCAUCGAUGACAAGCUGCGUGAGAAAUUGGUCAUUGAAUUCCAGCAUAUGCGCAAUCAUGCUGUUGAGCCCUUGUCCAAUUUCCUAGACUUUAUCACCUAUGGUUAUAUGAUUGAUAAUAUAAUUUUGCUGAUCACCGGAACUUUGCAUCAGCGUCCCAUUUCGGAGCUAAUUCCCAAAUGCCAUCCAUUGGGCAGUUUCGAGAAAAUGGAAGCCAUCCAUGUUGCCUCAACCCCGGCUGAGCUGUACAAUGCCGUGAUAGUGGACACACCACUUGCUCCAUUCUUUGUGGAUUGCAUUUCCGAGCAGGAUCUUGAUGAGAUGAACAUUGAGAUCAUUCGUAAUACCCUGUACAAGGCAUAUCUGAAAGCUUUCUAUAACUUCUGCAAAAAUAUGGGUGGUGCCACUGCCGAUGUAAUGUGCGAGAUUUUGGCUUUCGAGGCUGAUCGCCGUGCCAUUAUUAUCACCAUUAAUUCAUUUGGUACUGAAUUGUCCAAAGACGAUCGGGCCAAAUUGUAUCCCAACUGUGGUAAAAUGUAUCCUGAUGGUUUAGCCGCCUUGGCUCGUGCCGAUGACUACGAGCAGGUUAAGACAGUUGCCGAAUAUUAUGCGGAAUAUGCCGCCCUAUUUGACGGCUCCGGCAAUAAUCCCGGUGACAAGACGCUGGAGGACAAAUUCUUUGUGCAUGAAGUCAAAUUGAAUGUCUACGUCUUUUUGCAGCAAUUCCAUUUCGGUGUAUUCUAUGCCUAUCUAAAACUGAAGGAACAAGAGUGCCGCAAUAUUGUCUGGAUAGCCGAAUGUGUGGCGCAGAAACAUCGUGCCAAAAUCGACAAUUAUAUACCCAUUUUCUAAGCGGAUGGGCCGCCCCGAACAAAGAUACAAAAUAAUUAUUAUAUAAAAG